AUGGCACAACGAAAACCCUUCGCCAUAGGCAAAGAAGAAGAUGCCUCAUACAUCGUCGCCGUAGAUGAAACUCUCACUCUGACAGAUUUGCCGCCCGAAAAAAAGGGCACAGUGGAUGAUCGAAGGGAUAUGCAUCGCAUGGGAAAAGCACAAGAAUUCCGACGAAACUUCUCCUUUAUCCCCAUUUUCGGCUUCGCGGCCACUCUGAUGAUGACAUGGGCUUCGGUCUUGUCUUCUGCGAGUUAUGUCCUUCCCAAUGGGGGACUGCCUGCUAUGAUUUGGAUGUAUUUGGUCACGUUGGUGGGGUUUGGAUGUGCCAUUUUUUGUAUGGCCGAGAUGGCUUCGAUGGCACCGACUUCGGGUGGGCAGUAUCAUUGGGUCUCAGAAUUCGCUCCGAAAUCUUUCCAAAAACUCCUCAGCUACAUCGUCGGUUGGUUCUGCGUUCUAGGUUGGCAAGCCGGAAUCGCAGGACAAUGCUUCACCGUCGCGACGCAAGUACAAGGCCUCAUCAUCCUCAACGACUCAACAUACGUACCGCAGCGAUGGCACGGAGUCCUCUUGACAAUUGCCGCAGCGAGCGUCGCAGUGCUCUUCAACACGGUAUUUGCGCGCAAACUGCCCUUACUGGAGGGUCUGAUGCUCAUAAUUCUCAUCUGUGGAUUCUUUGCCAUUUUGAUUCCGCUCUGGGUUUUUGCGCCGAGACAAUCCAAUUCUGCGGUUUGGACGGAGUUUACACAGACUGCGGAAUGGCCGAGCAUGGGCGUGGCUACGCUGGUUGCUCUCACAGGACCCAUUUAUGCUCUCAUUGGCCCUGAUUCUGCCGUCCACAUGUCCGAAGAAGUCAGAGAUGCCUCUCUCACCAUUCCUCUCGCCAUGAUCUCCACGCUGGUCCUCAACGGACUCACGGGACUCGUCAUGGCCAUUACAUUCGUGUACUGUAUUGGUCCCAUCGAUGCCGCGCUGUUGCCACAAUACAAUUUCGCCUUCAUCGGAACUUUUUACAACGCGACGCAAUCGCGAGCAGGAGCGACGGUCAUGACGUGCAUCAUCACCACUCUCACGCUGUGCUCGGCGAUUGGGAAUCUCGCGACGGGAUCCAGACAGAUUUUUGCCUUUGCGCGCGACCAAGGUCUGCCUUUUGCCAAAGUCUUGAGCUAUGUGCAACCGGGUUGGGAUAUCCCGCUCAAUGCCGUCGUCUUCUGCUUUGUGUCCACGGCCUUGCUAUCCCUCAUCAAUCUGGGCAGUAUCGUGGCUUUUAACGCCAUCUUGUCCCUGGGAGUUGUGGCGCUGCUCACUUCAUACUUGACGUCCAUGGGUUGUAUUUUCAUCAAACGAGUCCGCGGAGAAGAGCUUCUGCCACGAAGAUUUGAUCUCGGCGUUCCCCUCGGCUGGUUUACAAACGUGGUCGGGUUAAUCUACAUCAUGCUGGCGUACAUUUUUGCCUUUUUUCCGUUGUAUAACAAUCCGAUGCUAGAGACGAUGAAUUGGGCGUCAUGCGUGUACGGAGGGGUGGGUGUGGUGGCCACUGUCUACUACAUUUUCUAUGCUCGACACGUCUAUGUGCCUCCGGUAUCUCGCUUAGCGAAGGAUCUGUGA